UAAUAUUAAAAUCUCUAAGAUUUUAAUUUUAAAGUGUAAUAAAUAAAAUAUACAUGAAUAAAAAUAACUAUCAUUUUAAUAAUAUAUUAUUAAUAAUAUAUUAUUAAAAUAUAUAAUAUAAUAUCAUUUUAAUAAUAUAAUUAAUUAUCGGAUACAUGAUAUCAGCCGUUUCAUAUUGCUACAUAUUGCCGUUGCUGUAGAAGAAUGAACCACUUGCCAGUGUUAUUACAAACACAUAAGACUUGGUUAUAGAAUAAGCAUCAAAAUCAUACUAUUUUGUGUAGCUACUGCAUAUGAAACAAUUUUACGUGAUAACUAAAAUCUAGAGCUUGUGAGCAGUCAAUCUCUUCAUAAAAGAAAACAUCUGCAUUUAAUACAGCAAUUAAAUGCAGAUGUUUGCUGAUGCAAGCAAUUAGCCUACAAUACUUCUUUUUAGAUUUAUUGAAAACAUCAUGAGCUUUAGUAUGACUCACAUUAAAGACUUAUAACCAGAAUUCAAUUAAAAUGAUUUGUUCCUAUAAAACUUUUACUCGUAAUUAUACACAAAGAAGGCUCAUAUACAGUAGUACUAAAAUAAUUCCUAAAGAAAAUCUAUCAGCCCCUGCAUAUAAGCCAGAAAUUGUAGAAAAGAAUAAAUAUGAAGAAUGGAAAACAAAAAGAAUUUUUGAAGCCAAACUAAAUAGUGAGAACAAUACAUUUAGCAUUGUAUUACCCCCGCCCAAUGUCACAGGGAAAUUGCAUUUAGGUCAUGCAUUAUCCUCAACAAUACAGGAUGUUAUUGUACGACGGCAAAGAUCAAUCGGGCAGAAUGUGUUAUGGCUCCCUGGUACUGACCACGCAGGAAUUGCUACUCAGAGUGUUGUAGAAAAGUAUUUAAAAACGAAACAAAAUACUGACCGCCAUGCCAUCGGUCGAGAAAAGUUUACUGAGGAAGUUUGGAAAUGGAAAGAAGUUCAUGGUAACACCAUAAGCGAACAGUUAAGAUUGCUAGGCUGUUCUCUAGAUUGGUCCAGAGAAGUAUUUACUAUGGACGAAAAACACAUGGACGCUGUUAACACGGCUUUCAUUAAACUCUAUAAAAAAGGUCUUAUAUAUAGAAGGAAAACCCUAGUCAACUGGUGCAAUGCGCUAAAAUCGACAGUUUCAGAUAUAGAAGUUGAAAACAAAACUAUAAACGGGCCAACCGAAUUAAUGCUACCGGGUUACGAAAAAGUGGUAAAAUUUGGACUUAUUUAUAAUUUUGUGUAUAAAAUCUUGGAUAGCGAUGAGGAAAUUGUCGUAUGUACAACAAUGCCAGAAACCAUGUUGGGAGACACUGCUGUUGCUGUACAUCCAGAGGACACAAGGUAUAUACACUUGAAAGGUAAGAAAGUAGUUCACCCAUUUCGAAAAACAACGAUACCAAUUAUAUUCGACCGUUUUGUAGAUAUGAAAUUCGGAACUGGUGUUGUUAAAAUAACACCAGCGCAUAGCAAAGUAGAUAAUGAAAUAGCAAGACACCACAAUUUGCCACUAUUACAGGUUAUUAACGAAGAUGGUCUAAUGGAAAAUGCUGGCGAAUUUAAUGGUAUAAAGAAAUAUGAUUGUAGAGUAAAAUUGGUCGAUACUCUAAACUCUCUGGGACUUCUAAAGUCUGUAAGCCCUCAUCAAAUGACUUUACCUAUCUGCAGCCGAACUGGAGACGUGAUAGAAUAUCUCCCAAAAGAACAAUGGUUUCUAUCUUGUAGUGGAUUGAACAAAAAAGCAAGACAAGCUGUUGAAGAUAAAAGUUUGAAAAUAGAACCAGCGAAAUUCGAGAAGAACUGGUUUAAUUGGACCAAUGAUAAUAGAGACUGGUGUAUAUCAAGGCAACUGUGGUGGGGACAUCGGAUACCUGCAUAUAAAUGUAGUGCAGAUAAAAAUAUCGUAUGGAUAGCCGCGACGGACGAACUUUCGGCUAAAAUGGAAGCUUCGAAAUAUCUUAGAACUGUGCCAGAGGAAAUUAUGGCUGAAAGAGAUACAGAUGUCUUAGAUACUUGGUUCUCGUCUGGAAUAUAUCCGUUUGCUGCUCUUGGAUGGCCAAAUAUUGAUGAACGGGACUACCGAAAGUUUUAUCCAUUAAGUUUGAUGAUCACUGGACAUGAUAUACUUGGUUUUUGGGUGCAUAGAAUGAUCAUGCUCGGUAUGGAACUUACAGGGAAUCUACCCUUUAAUAAGGUUUUGUUACAUGGUAUCAUAUGUGACAGUAAAGGUGCCAAAAUGUCAAAGAGUAGAGGAAAUGUCAUAGAUCCCAUAGAUAUUAUAAAAGGUAUAUCAAUAGAUGGCUUAAAAGAAAAAGUUGUCACCAUGCACAAAGACGGAAUACUCAACGAAGAGGAGUUGAAAAAAGCUAUUUCAUAUCAUAAAUCGAAUUUUUCGAAUUCGAACGGUAUACCCGCAUGUGGUGUUGAUGCGUUACGCUUCACGCUACUGUCGAAUGACAUUAAAUCGCAUUUUGUAAGCUUUGACGUGUAUCAGUGUCACGCGAAUAAGUUAUUCUGUAACAAAAUUUGGCAAAGUAUCAAAUACACACAAAUAUCCUAUGAAAAGUUAAAGGAAACAAGUGAAGAAGUAACCGUUGAAGACUUGACUUAUUUUGAUAAAUGGAUUCUUAGUAGACUGGCGAAUAUGGUUGAAGAUGUUAAUAAGUCAUUAGAUGUAUAUGACUUCCAUCUUGCUACGAAAUCACUUAGGACAAUGAUAUAUAAUGAGUUUUGUGACAUAUACUUGGAAGCAACAAAGCCAGGCUUUGAUAGGGAUGAUAUAAAAACAAGAUAUGCGCACGCGCAUACUUUAUCAGCGGUACUGGAAACGUCAUUAAGAUGUCUAUCUCCAUUCAUGGUGUAUCUUACAGAAGAACUUAUACCAAAAAUACCGGCAUUUGAAACGAAUAUUAUACAUAAUUUUAAAGACCAAGAAAAAGAUUACUUCGAUUUUCCAAACAGCAAAGAUUUUAAAAUUUGGAAAAAUCUAGAAUUAGAAAAGAAAGUUAAUAAACUAUUAAAUACAAUAUUCCUUAUAAGGGAAGUGAAGGGUUUCUAUAAUGUACCAAAUAAAAUAAAAUCUUCUAUAUUUGUGAAAACCACAGACGAUAAAUUAAUAACAGAUCUAAACAGAAAUAAAAUAAUUGUUCAAAAUUUAUCCAAAAGUGGUGAUAUUAAGAUAAAUGAAAGUAUUAAUGCGAUGGUUGUGAAUGUUGUCUUGGAUAAAGAUACCGAAAUAUAUGUGGAAAUAUCUAGUGCUGUUGAAAGCACAGCUAUUAAAGAGAAACUACAAAAGAAAAUAAAUAAACUAGAAGAUAAUUUGUUAAAACUAGAAGCCAAAUUAUCAAGCAAUCAUUACAUUAACACGGUGUCUGAAAUAAGUCAAGAAUUGGAUAAAGAAAAAUUAAUAUCAAAGAGGGAAGAAUUAAAGCGUUUACGAAGACUGAUUUAAAAGAAGCAUUUAUAUGUAUAGAAAAAAAAAUCUUAAGUAUUAGAAUU